AUGAGUUGUUUGGAUGUUAUGUACCCAGCCUAUGGACAUUACGCACCGUACGCUCCAGCCGCCCCCGCGUUCAUCAACAGCUUCCAGGCACCCAUCGGUCUGAGGAGCCCCUCUCCUCGCCGCAGAGACUUCAUGAUGGAGAGCGCGGAGAUGACAAGGUGUCCGGAGGGGGUUUCGGCGGGCACCAGCACGGGCCCUGGCUCUUCCUCCUCCGCCUCUUCCUCAUCCUCAUAUCCCCGUGCCACUCGACCAGAGGAGUGCCAUAAGGAGAAACAGGAAGUGCCCGAGGCUGAGUACCUGACGUCUCGUUGUGUCCUCUUCACGUACUACCAAGGGGACAUCAGCAGUGUGGUAGACGAACACUUCUCCAGGGCACUCAGCUCCUACAUGGAGGGAGAGGGCAAGAGGAGGGCAUCGGACCUGGGCAAAGAUACCCCUUCACCCAGCAGUCGCCGCAGCUUCCCCCCUUCCUUCUGGGACAGCAACUACUCCUCCCCCCAAAGUCGCUCCCACUGCGAACCCGGAAUGCCCACUUAUUCCAUGGACCCCUACGCUUCCGGACUCCACCCGGGCAUUCCUCACCCUCACGCGCAUCCUCACGCUCACCCCCACUCGCACCUCCACCCAUCAGAGGGGUGGGGCUACACCCCGAGCCAGGCCUACGGGCCCCCCAGGCCCCUCCACGAACUCUACACUCCUGGUGGCCUGGAGCCCCACCACCCCUACAGCCCCUUGCUUAUGCCCACCGUGCGGCCCCACCACCUGGGCUCCCUCCCCGUUCACCACCCCUAUGACGUCACCAAGCUGGACCCCACCGCGCCCUGGCCGGGCUUGCUGCCCCCCGGAGAGAUGGCCCUCAACAUGGACGCAGGCCUCCAGCAUCACAAGAAAGGGAAGGACCUGUACUGGUUUUAACAACCCUUCUCCUUUGCCAUCGACCAGCCAUUACCAGAUCCAAUUUGGACCUCU